AACUUCUAAAAUGUCUGUUGUCCGUUGACGCUUCGCUUGCGUUUCGAGGGUGGAUUUUGUCUCAAACGGCGAUUUUCUUUAAAACUACUCACAAUAUAAUCUCAAAAUGUGUCUUUAGUUUCUUAAAUUUACUCAGUUCCGCUUCGGUUGCCAUUACUGCAUUCGCAUUGCCCGCGUUAAGCUGAUCUGGUUACUAGUAUUUCGUUGAGUGUUUACGGAAGCGAGGGCAAUGGCUUUUAGAAUACACGAAGAUCAAGAAAAUGCCUCUUUGGGGCUUAGAAAAGACAGUGCAGAUGUAUUUACUGCAAACCAGCGGCGUGCCCUUGGUGACCUCAGCCAGUUCGCGUGCAACCAAAGUCGGAACAUAAAGCUCCCGGGAUUGACGAAUGGACCUUGUAAAGUUCAAGAUGAUAACAGGACAAUGCGCCAGAUUAAAAAUGAAAAGAACAUUGUACCACCUGUGGCGCAAUUUCGCGCCUUCAGUGUUUACGAAGACAAACCGACGGAGGCUGAGGUCAAAAAGCGGGAGCACACGUUCAAACCAUUCGUCGCUAAAGAAACUAAGAAAGAUAGCAUUUUCAUCAGCAGUGACGUGAAAGGUCUCUGCCCACAAGUUGAGAAAAAACCAGAUCGGCUCACAGAAUCGUCAGUUCGGCCCCAGUUACAAGAAAAGAAAAAUGUUGUGGAAUCUCCAAUGUCAGUUGUGGACACCAGUGUGCUCUCUAUGUCCAUAUCGAAGAAUGAAAGCCAGAUCAUUGAUGAUGAAGACGAUGCUACCACAGCUCAGACCGAUCGGGAGAUGUUCUUCCAUGUUGUUGAAUAUAGACAGGACAUCUAUGAAUACAUGAAGGAAAUUGAGGCUAAGAACAGAGCCAACCCUCGCUACAUGCGCAAACAGCCUGAUAUCACUCACAUCAUGCGGUCAAUCCUCAUUGACUGGCUCGUUGAAGUAUGUGAUGAGUACAACCAGCAAAGUGAGACUUUGCAUCUUGCUGUGUCUUAUGUAGACCGCUUCUUGUCUUACAUGAGUGUUGUGCGUACUAAACUGCAACUUGUGGGCACAGCUGCAACUUACAUUGCUGCGAAAUAUGAGGAAGUAUAUCCCCCAGAAGUAUCAGAGUUUGUGUACAUCACUGACGACACAUACACAAAGCGCGAGGUCCUGCGUAUGGAACAUCUUAUCCUGAAGGUCCUGUCGUUCGACCUCUCGACACCGACGUCACUGGCCUUCCUCUCCCACUACUGUAUAUCUAAUGGACUUUCUAAGAAGACAUUCCAUCUGGCUGCUUAUCUGGCUGAGCUCUGCCUACUGGAGGCAGACCCAUACCUGCAGUUCAAGCCAUCGAUCAUCGCGGCGAGUGCUCUCGCGACUGCCCGUCACUGCCUCCACUGCGACCGCUGCACCGGGGAAGAACGUGAAAAGGACACGCGUGACAUCAAAGAGGCCCGGAUACAUUCGUCAUGUGCCGCGGCCGCGUGGCCUGCAGCCCUUGUGACCUGCUCAGGCUACUCUCUAGAUGAUCUCGACGCGUGUCUACGUGAAUUGGCACGCACACACUCGCACGCCUCGCAACAACCCUACCAAGCUGUGCCAGACAAAUACAAGAGCAACAAAUUUGACGGCGUGUCUACAAUCGAACCUCGUCCGAUGUUCCCGGUGUCGAAGUACCAGCCGCCAGCGCCGGCGAGCAACGCGCGCCCGCCUGCCGACAGCACACGAAGCAGCUAGUAACAUCACUCGCAAACUAACGCGCUACUUUAUAGGCAAAUGACUUUUGUGUGGGUAGGAUGAGUUAUCCGAAUUAGUGUUAAUGCAGCACACGCUAGUUACGUUAUUUGCUCAGGCAGUUGGCUAUUUCAGUUAUAAUUCUAUUUUUACAACUUAAUGCAGUCGCUCGUAAACAGUACAAACAAACCAAAUCAUGGCCAGUAAGGAAUAAUGAGUUUGUCGUUAUAUUUUUUUGGCCAAAGAUGUACAUACACAACCAGCUAUGUAUACUUCCUUUUGUCGAACUGAAAUAAUUUAAUUUUAAAGACUUGAUAGAUCAGGUAAACGCUUAUAGAUUAAAUACUAGAAACUACUUAAGCGACGCUUGUGUUAUCGGGAUAUGAUUAACUAAUGCAGAUACAACAGCUGAGGGUGAGUACUAAACAUUAGAUAGUAUUCCUAAUUUUAUACUUAUAAGACUUUGCAUUUGUUCUAUUUUGAUAUAAAUGUUUCAAAUAUUAUGUAUAAGUGAUUGGGAUAUUCUGUAACUUGUUAUGCUAGUUUUAGAUUUAACAUUUUCCUAUGGAAAUAAAAACUUCGACUUCUGUUAGCAUGUGCGAUCUUAACGUAAUGUAUUGUGAAGGUUUAUUGACGAGUGGUCCCCAGGCAACAAACACAAAUUUCAAAUCGUUCUAAAAAUAUUAUCAAGUAUUAAAUAAAAUAGUCAAUGAAUCUUUCAAACAAUUCUACAAUUUCAUGUAUUAUCAAUGUGAUCUAUUUUGUAUUCUUAUUUUAAAUCAGCCAAGCAUUUGUCAAGACCAUAAUUUUAUGUACAAAUAUUAAAUAUCCUCAGAAGUC